AUGAUAAGUGAUAGACAAGAAGUGCAGCAGUCUCAAGUCGAAUUGACAGAUCAAGAGAAAGAACGCUGUUUAACUUUGGAUGAUGUUAUGCCCUCAAACGCGCAAUUUGAAGCGUACCGACAGAAUAAGAGUAUUGGCUUACCGACAAAGUUACAGCAGGAUAUUAUAAGGAUCACAUUUGAAGAUAUUAUAGGGUCUGAUGAUUUUCAAACGAAGAAAAGCGCUCAAAAAAAGGUAUUUGACUUAGCUGACUCGAACACUGCAGAUAUCACUGCUCUUGCAAAUCUAGUCUUUCGAACAACUACUGCUGGGCGCGGUACACCAGUCGCGCGCGAAUUAUACAGAAUAGCUAUGGAUAACGGGGAUAGUAACGCUGCAUUUAGUUAUGCUAAUAUUUUGUGCAAGGGCUCUGGAGGUACUGCUCGUAAUGUCGCGGAUGGCAUGAAAAUUCUCUCGCAAUUAGCAUCCAACGGUCAUGUGUAUGCUCAAUUUAGUCUUGCGUCGAUGUUGGCGAGAGAGAAAAACGAUUAUAUAAAAGCAAUCGAGUUGUACGAAUCGGCUGGUCACGGUGGUAUUUCCAAUGCGUGGACUGAAAUUGGAAGGAUGUAUAGGGGCGGAAUUGGUGUUGCGCAAGAUCAUGAGAUGGCUUUUCAAUGUUUCAAAAAGGGUGCUGAUGCGAAAAAUGCCCAAUCGAUAUUUAUGAUGGGAGUUUAUUACAGUAAUGGACUAGAUACUAAUGAUGGAAAAAUAGAUGAGGAGAAAGCUUUUAAGUGCUUUGUAUCUGCAGCAUCAAAAGGUUUGCCCGAAGCCCAAUACAAUGUAGGUGAUCGGUAUUUUCGCGGUGUAGGCACCAAGCAAAAUUAUGGCCUAGCUACAGAGUACUGGAAAAUGGCCGCUGCUCAAGGAUUUCGUAUAGCUCAGAUGAAUCUAGCAAGAAUGUAUGAUGACGGACUGGGAGUCGAGAAAAACACAAAUCUUGCUAAACGAUACUACAUGUUAGCAGCAGUGAAAGAUGAUGAUGAUAUUGGGAAGGAAGCAAAGAAACAAUUAGAAAUGAUACAGGAGAAAGAAGGAAGAGCCGAGGCGAGUAAGAGUAGUGAAGAAGUGACAUUUGAGAAAGGAGAAAUGAAAAUGAGUAGUGAUGAAAAGAAGAGUGGAAAGGAAAGGAUUUGGAAUUGUUGGGUCAUGUAA